UAAAAAGAAGAAAGUUGAAUCGAAAGCUAAAUCCGAAGUUAAAAUAAAACCUUUAAUCACAAUCCAAGAAGAAAAAGAUAUUCAAACUUCCAACUUGAUGGAUCAAAAGAUUAUAAGGAAUCCUAUGAAUACGUUUACACCUUAUGGUAGACUUAGAUUUAUAUAUGAUUAUUUUCUUCAAGAUCAAGUAUCUAAAAAAGAUUCAAGUUUGAUUUUAAAAGGACUUUUACAAGAUUUUUUAAAAAGACCGAUUCGAACGAUCUUUUUAGAAGGUUUUGCGAUUUUGAAAAUGACAAUCGGAUUAAGUUUUUUGAUCACUUCUGGAUUCUUGUUUAGAUUCUUACCUAAUGAUUUUAAAGCGAAUGAAACUUUAUCAAUCAGAAGAAGAAGUGAUUCUAAAGUUAAGAAAGAUCAGAUGAUGAGUUCUGUUGGUAUAGUGAAGGAAGAUGAACAAACUGAACUUUUACAAUCAAACCCUCUUGAUGAAGAGGAAAGAAAAGAUGAUGACAUUGAUGGGUUUAAUGAUCAAGAAACGUUUAAAUUAAGGUUCAAAACUGCUUUUACAAGUUCGAUUGGAUUCGGAUUGAUCAUUAAGAAAGCUUUAAUCCAAGAAACUCUUCAUCAAAAGAAAAAUAAUAAAGAUGAUGAAAUCUUUAAAUGUGUUAGAGAUUUGAUUAAGUUUAAAGUAGAUGAAGAGGUUGUAGAAAGUUCAUUAGAAUUUGAAAGAAUCAAGACUGAUGAGGAAUCGGAUGAUAAAUUGGUUUAUUUGGUACAUUUGAAUCUUGAACAGUUUGCUCAAACUCAUCUGGUUGAAGUGGGUGAAUCUGAUUGGUUAAUUGAAAUUGAAGUUGUAAAUUCAUUCACUUUAUGAAUCAUCAGCUUUGUGUAUGUAUGUGUUUGUGUUUGUGUUUGAUUGAAGCUGUUGUUGUUGUUAUUUAUUUAUUUAUAAAAUACAAACUCUUUUAAUGAAGCUUUUUUCCCGU